AGACUUGUCAUACUCUAAAUGAAAAGCGCGUUGGCCAUUGGGAAGUAAAGAUGAGUCUAUAAAAAAGAAAAUAAGGUGAAUGGAGAAUUUCACAAAAGCCAUUUAGAUCCAUUAAUCUCUUUUCUCUCAUGGCUCCAAACACAUGGGAUGUUCUAUCAGAAUCUAAACGCAUAAUAAAAUCUCAACCUAGUCUCUACAACAAUCUCACCCUCAUAUUCCUCCUACCCCUCUCUUUCUCCACAUUCCUUUAUCAAAUCCUUUUCAAACACUUUCAACAACAACAACAACAACCAAACCCCACCUUAAUCUUCUCCUUCACACUCUCCUUCUUGCUUUUCUCUUCCAUCUUCACAUAUAGUGCUGUCAUCGCCAUCACCUACAGCAUCUACCAUGGCUUCUUUAAUCGUCCCAUUAAACUAAAAGAAGCCAUUAAAUCCAUCGCCACUUCUUUCUUCCCCCUCCUCGCUACCUCCGUCGUUACAUUCGUCAUCUUCUUCUUCAUCUUUUUUUUAAUCAUACUUCUCUCUGGACUUGUCUUUUUCCACAUCAUCUAUCUAGGCGAUACCUACCUUGAAAAUGACCCUUAUUACUUGGUCGUGUUGUGUUCCUUUGCCUUUGUUUUAAUGAUUGUUGUAUUCCCUCUUGUUAUGUAUUUGAUGGUUAAUUUUAGCUUGGUGAAUGUUAUUGUGGUGGUGGAAUCUUGUUGGGGUUUGGAACCGUUGAGGAGAAGUUGGAGAUUGGUGAAAGGAAUGAAAAGGUUGAUCCUUUCAACCUUUAUCUUUUUUGGGUUAUUGCAAUGGAUAUUGUUAUGGAUAGUGAGAUAUAAUUGGGUAUUUAUUUUCAUGAUUUCUCCUAUACUUGCUAUGCUUAUGCUUUACAAUAUUGCGGUUUAUACGAUGAUAUACAUAUAUUGCAAGGAGAACCAUGGUGAACUUGGAGAGGAAAAGGAUGGGGCAACCUUGCCCUUAAUUCCAUAAUUAUAUUAUAGAAAUGGUUAAUUAAUUCCACAUUUAAGUUGUCUUUUUUAAUUUAUUUAUCUUUGUAAUGUCUUCCAUUUUGUAAUCAAUAAAUGAUCGUCGUAAUCCUCAA